AUGGACCCGGCCUCAUUUGGCCAGUCCUUCUCUCCAUACACGACCAACCAGUCUCUCCCUCUCCAACAGCAGCAGCCUUUCCCCCUCCAAGGCCAACCAACGCCUAAUUAUGCUCAGAAUGGCUCGCAGCAACAGCAGUACCAGCACAUGGCUGGCGCCUACGCGCCGCCAUACUCACAGGCCAUGUCACCGUCGGCCGUAAUGCCCAUGACAGCCUCUCCUUCGCAUCGUGUCCCACCUUAUGCUGCUUCGGCAGUCGCACAGAGUUCGCCCCAGCAAUCACCAAUGGCUGCUCCGCAAACCCGACCACUCCAUUCUCCAUCUGCUGGCGGAUCUCCUGUGAAUAUGUCGCAAGAGAAGGAGAGGAUAUCGCUGCUACUAGAGAUCAAUCUCGAAUUGCUGCAGGAAAUGCAUAGGUUGCAGGCGCAGGGCAAGGGCGGUGCAACCAGCCCACAGGCAGCAGCUCACCUCAAGAAAGAGGGUCUGUCUGAUGCCCUUGCGUCAGAAGAGUAUAGCCAGAUCAACCUCAGACUACAUUCAAACUUGGGCUAUGUCUGUAGUCAGACCGACAGCCAGUCCAGAUCUGGAGCCGCGCCACACCCUCCGUCUUAUGUUACAGCGCCCCCGAACAUGCCUCAGCUGGAAGCCAAAUACAGCAGACUGAGAACUUUGUUUGCUGGAUGGACUGGUAAGGAUGGCCAGAGACGGUCAAUGUCGAAUAGUGCAACGAAUGCAUCGACCCCUGUUACAGGCUUUGGGAAUCAAUGA